GAACAGUCUGAUGAGCUACAAGUUCCUUUUCCUGCUGGUUAUGCGGCUACGGUACACUUUUACUGGCCAGGAAAAGGAUUUCAGCUACUUGGAAUGUUGUCUAAUGAGAAACCAUCCGCAAUAUUCCGGGUACGAGGAAGCUUUGGCGACUCGCAGGCAUCUCAAUCUUCACAAGCGCUUAUAAUAUCACAAGCUGGAGGGACAAUUGCCCAAUUAGGCAUAGCCAUCGAGCCAAUAGGGGAGGUCACGAAUCAGAUAGCAAAUAUGCCACCAGCGAACAAGCCCAUAGCUGAUCCAGUGACGUUAGCAGAGGGGAUUGGGAAGCAUUUGGUCAACUACCUGUUGAGUUUUGGCGAGGCUGCUCCGAAUGGUCAAACCUACGUACCCAUGACCGCGGUCAGUAGAUGGUAUGAUAACUUUAUGUCCAAGGUAAAAGCGGGAGGGAUUUCGUUUUUAGAAAGACAAGAGUGA